AUGACUCCAGAGAGAGACCAGCAGCUGGGCAGCUUAACUGUCUUCAGCAAGGAGGAUUUUGAGGAUGACUGGGUCAAGGUGGCCAGUGGAGGCUUUGGGCACGUGUACCAGGUGAAGCACAGGAGGUGGAGGACAGUCUAUGCAGUGAAGUGCUCCCCAUACCUGCUGCAGGACUCCAGCCUGGAGAGGACCAGCAUGAACUGCCUGAUGGAAGAGGCAACCAAGAUGGAGAAGAUCAAAUUCCAGCACAUUGUCACCAUCUAUGGGGUCUGCAACAGCCCUCUGGGGAUAGUGAUGGAGUACAUGGCCAGAGGCUCCCUGGAGAAGAUUCUCCCCACCCACAAGCUGUCCUGGCAGCUCAAAUUCCGAGUGAUCCAUGAGAUGAGCCUGGCUAUGAACUUCCUGCACAGCAUGACACCUCCUCUGCUGCACCUAGACCUGAAGCCAGGCAACAUUCUCCUGGAUGGGAACAUGCAUGUCAAGAUCUCAGACUUUGGGCUGUCCAAGUGGAUGGAGCAGUCCAGCCGGAUGCAGUACAUUGAGAGCUCUGCUCUGAGAGGCACCUUGAGUUACAUCCCCCCUGAGAUGUUCCUGCAGAACAGCAAGCCCCCAGGCAUCAAGUAUGAUGUGUACAGCUUUGGAAUCGUCAUUUGGGAGGUCCUGAUGCAGAAGAAACCUUAUGCAGGAGCCAACAUGAUGGCCAUCAUAGUCAAGGUGGCAGCAGGGAAGAGGCCCUGCCUGGAGCCCAUCAGUGAUGACUGGCCAGGGGAAUGCCAGCAGAUGGUUGACUUGAUGAAGAGGUGUUGGGACCAAGACCCUAAGCAGAGGCCAAGUUUCACAGACAUCCCUGUGGAGACAGACAUGCUGCUGUCCCUCAUCCAGAGCCUGGUGCUGGACCCGGAGAACGAGCGCCUUGUCAGGAAGAUGUCCCACAAGCCUGCCAUCCCCAGCAGCCAGCAGCCUGACAGAGAGGAGUUCCCCUUCCCAGGAGCCACCAGAGGUGGUGAAGCUGCCCAUCAGGAGGUUCCUCUCCCAGCCCUGCCCAGCGAGGUUGCAGGCCCUGAGGAGCUCCUGCCUGAGGGAAUCCCCAGGCUGCAGGAGAAUGGCCUCACCUUGCUUCACCUCCAGGUGAUGCAGGGCAACGUGGAGAAGGUGAAGUUCCUGCUGAGCUGCAAAGCCAACGUGAACAGCCAGGUGGUCUGUGGCUACACCCCACUCAUCAUGGCUGUGCAGAGGAGGUCCCCAGAGCUGUGCUCAGCUCUGAUAGAGCAUGGGGCAGACCUCAACGUGCCGGAUGACGAGGGCUGGACCCCGCUGCACUUCGCGGCUCAGAACGGGGACGACCGAAUUGUCCGCCUGCUGCUGGACCACCAGGCAGAGGUCAACGCUCAGGAGCAUGAUGGAUGGACCCCUCUGCACCUGGCCUCACAGAACAACUUUGAGAACGUUGCCAGAGUGCUGCUGUCUCGCCAGGCUGACUCCAACACCCAGGAGGUGGACGGGAAGACCGCCCUGCACGUGGCAGCUUGCUUCGGGCACGUCAGCCUGGUCAAGCUGCUUGCCAGCCAAGGAGCAGACCUGGAGAAAAAGCAGAAGAACCAUAGGACCCCACUCCACGUGGCAGUGGAGAGAGGCAAGUUCAGGGUGGUGCAUUACUUGCUGAAGAGGGGGACCUGUGUCAACAGCCUGGACCAGAACCAUUACAGUGCCCUGCACCUGGCCGUGGUGAGGGGCAAGUACCUGAUCUGUGAGAAACUCAUCAAGUACGGAGCCAACGUGGAGCUGAGGACAGACAAAGGCUGGACCCCCCUGCACCUGGCUUCCUUCAAAGGGCACAUCGAGAUCAUCCACCUGCUGAAGGACAGCCAGGCCAAGCUGAAUGCUAGAGGAGGCAUGGACUGGACCCCUCUGCACCUGGCCGCUCGCUACAGCGAGGAGCCGGUGGUCUGCGAGCUGCUGAGGUGUGGGGCAGACCCCAACAUGGCUGAGAAGUCCGAGUGGGCUCCCCUCCACCUGGCUGUGCAGAGGGGCUCCUUCCUGACUGUCAUCAGCCUGCUGGAGUGCAAGGCAGAUGUCAAUGCCAGGAACAAAGUGGGCUGGACACCCUUGCACCUGGCUGUCCUCAAGGGCAACAUGGCCAUCAUCAAGACCCUGCUGAAGGCUGGAGCUCAGCUCGACCUGGAGGACAUCACAGGCUCCACAGCCCUGCAGCUGGCAGUCAGGCACCAGAGGGAGAACAUCAUCACACUGCUGCAGGGCCAGGACUCGCUGGGGACUAAGUUUGGGCACAGGACUGUGGUGAGCGAUGCUCAGCUGCCCAGAGCCAGGUUUGUCUCGGGGAGGACAGAUCUGUAG